GCCUUUCUUUCCUUCUUCCUCUGGCAAUGGAGUUGGGUUUGAGCCUCGGCGAUGCACCCAUUUCCAAUAAGCCAUUUGGGUUUCUCUCUAAUGGCGUUUCUAAGCUCUCCUCUUCUUCUUCUUCCUCUCUAAUGGCUUUAGGGUUUUGUGUCGGUUUGGCUCAUGAUUCCGCUUCCGGUUCCGGCUCCGGUUCGCCUUCUGGUUCGGUUCACGACGACGACGAUGAAGAAGAAGAUGAUAAUCAUGAUCGGACAAUGGUUCUUUCCGGUUCGGAUCCGCCGGUUCAGCUGGAUCUUCUUCCUUCAGCUCCCGUUCCUCGUUCUUCCCAUCUCCGAUUUCCAUGGCUUUCCGAUCACUUAAUCCCAGAAGGAGAAGAAAGGGUAGCGCUGGAUGUAAACCGCCGCCCUGCGGUGGCGGCUGCGGAGGAGACAGAAGACAGGGCGGCAGUGACGGCGGCGUUGUCAUCUCCGAACAGUACGGUUUCGUCUUUCCAGAUGGAUUUUGGGGUCAGAGCUUCCUCAAGAAUCAGCGACGAUGAAGAAAAUGGGUCUGCAAGAAAAAAGCUUCGACUUUCUAAAGAUCAAUCGGCUUUUCUUGAAGAAAGCUUCAAAGAACAUAGCACUCUCAAUCCAAAGCAGAAGCUAGCACUAGCCAAGCAGCUCAACCUCCGACCAAGACAAGUGGAAGUUUGGUUCCAAAAUAGAAGAGCUAGGACAAAGUUGAAGCAGACAGAAGUAGAUUGUGAGUAUUUAAGGAGAUGUUGUGAGACAUUGACAGAAGAGAACAGAAGAUUACAAAAGGAGCUUCAAGAGUUGAGAGCUUUAAAAACAUCUCAGCCCUUUUACAUGCAGCUUCCGGCCACCACUCUCACCAUGUGUCCGUCCUGCGAGCGCGUCGCCACCGCCACUCCCGCUGCCUCCGUUGCCACCAAAACCACCGUCACCGUCGCCACCACCGCCCCCAACCCAGCCGCUCUAUGCCUUGCAAACAAGGCGAGGAUCUUGCCAUUUCCUCAUUUGCAUCAAGCUGCCUCAUAAACCCAAA